GAUAAAAUCAGGCGGCGGACGGUGCGUGCGCCGCUUGCUGCAUUCGUUAUAGCGCAAACCGAUCGAUUUCCUCUCUUCCUCCGAGACAAUCGAAUCGAUCCGUCUCACUCUCAUCGUCGAUCGACUGCCCGCCGCCGUCAUGCCGCUGCUACCGCCGGUGAGGUACUACGUGCCGUUCGAAGAAGCGGACGACAGGAGCCACGACCUCGAGGAUGAGGAGCCUUAUUGUCCUCCGCCACUGUCGCCGCCUUACUCUCCGGCACAGUCGCCGCCGCCGCCCACGUCUCCCGCCUACCACGACGACCAUGCCGAUCACACCACGAACAGCUGCACCUUCACGAGCGCCGGCGGCGCGUACAGCUACACCAUCACGAGCGCCAACGUCGGGGACUACUUCUACUUGGACGACGACGCCGACGCCAUGGAUGAGGAGCAGCCAGAUGAGCCGGAGAAUCGCCCGGACCCGCUGGUGGUGCUGCAGCAGGCGGAGUCCCUCGCGGAGUGCGCGCUGCAGCACUACAACGGCGACGCCGCCAACGAGGUCAAGUACGAGCUCGUCGCCGCCACCGCCACCGCCACGGCGAGCGACUUCAUGGACUGCUGGGACGCCUUCUACUACCACGUCAACUUCUUCGCCAGGGCCGCCGCCGGCGCCGAUGAUCAGGCUGCUCCGCGCUUCUUCUUCGCCGAGCUGCGCCACCGCACCGCCAUGCUCCCGACCUGCCUCGUCUCCUUGGACAACGACGACGAGAUACAGUUGGAUCCCCAGCCUUUGUGUUGCUUUGAUGACGUGCCGUUUGGUGUCGUCAUCAAGCAUCCAAAGGGUUGGAAGAUGAUCGAUCGGGACAAUACUCUUAUCAGUUCCCCUUCCGUGUAAUUAAACUGCUUGCGGAUUGUAAUA